CUUCCAGCCUGUCACCGUAAGGAAGUCUCCUCGCGAUCACUUUUGCUUACUCUCUCCUCACUCCUACUCUCUACCUUGUUCUGCCACGUGUCCCCCUUCCUCUCCCUACACAGAACAAAACCAUUAGCUCUCACACAGUACACGAAGGAGGAGGAUGAAGAAGAAGGAGCCAUAAGCAGAGACAAAGCCUCCCUCUCCCUUCCUCUUCUUCCAUUCUCUGAGACUCAGAGACUGAGCAUUAUGGGUCCGUACAUCCAUGGCGCCCCCAAGCUCUUCCUCGCCAUCCUCUUCAUCUCCUUUUCUUUCGUCCACCCCACAUUGCCUGUCAAUCCCACCACCGCUAAUUCUUCUUCUUCUUCUUCCGGGCAAAUAAACUCGAACUCCGUUCUCGUAGCGCUCCUCGACUCGCACUACACCGAGCUCGCCGAGCUCGUCGAGAAGGCCCUCCUCCUCCAGACACUGGAGGAGGCCGUCGGGAAGCACAACAUUACGAUCUUCGCGCCCAGGAAUGAGGCGUUGGAGAGGCAGCUGGACCCCGAGUUCAAGCGGUUCCUCCUCGAGCCCCGUAACCUCAAGUCCCUCCAGACCCUGCUCAUGUUCCACGUCGUCCCCAAGCGGAUCGGGUCGGAGCACUGGCCGGCGGAUGAGUCCGCCUGCUCUGAGCACGCCACUAUCUGGAACAACGCCUUGCAUUUGACCACCAAGGACUCCGGCAGGAAGCGGCUGGUCGACUCGGCGGAGAUUGUACGCCCCAGUGAUGUCGAACGCCCCGACGGCGUCAUUCACGGAAUCGGGCGGCUCUUGAUCCCCAGGUCCGUGCAGGAGGACUUCAACCGCCGGAGGAGCCUCAGGUCGAUCUCCGCCGUCCUCCCGGAGGGCGCCCCGGAGGUGGACCCCAGGACCCACCGCCUGAAGAAGCCGGCACCGCCUGCCCCGGCCGGAUCCCCGCCGGCGCUUCCCAUCUAUGACGCCAUGGCUCCGGGUCCCUCCCUUGCCCCGGCUCCUGCCCCCGGCCCUGGCGGCCCCCGCCACCAUUUCGACGGCGAGAGCCAGGUCAAGGACUUCAUCCACACUCUCCUGCACUAUGGUGGCUACAACGAGAUGGCCGACAUCCUCGUGAACCUCACUUCCCUCGCCACCGAGAUGGGCCGCCUGGUCUCGGAGGGCUACGUUCUUACCGUGCUCGCACCCAACGAUGAAGCCAUGGCGAAGUUAACCACCGACCAGCUGAGUGAGCCCGGAGCGCCGGAGCAGAUUAUCUACUACCACAUUAUCCCGGAGUAUCAGACUGAGGAGAGCAUGUACAAUGCCGUGAGGAGGUUCGGGAAGGUGCGGUACGACACCUUUAGGCUGCCCCACAAGGUGGUGGCUCAGGAGGCUGACGGGUCCGUCAAGUUCGGGCAAGGGGACGGCUCAGCUUAUCUGUUCGAUCCCGAUAUAUACACGGAUGGGAGGAUCUCAGUGCAGGGGAUUGACGGGGUCCUCUUCCCUCCCCAGGAGACGAAGGUGCCGGAGAAGAAGACGGUCGUUAAGGUUGUCACCAAGCCCCGGAGAGGGAAGUUGAUGGAAGUGGCGUGCAGAAUGCUCGGAACCUUCGGGCAGGACUCUCAUUUCUCGACGUGUCGAUAAUCAUGAAUUGUGUUUUUAAAAAUUUUUCUAGAUUAAACCCCUGAAGGGGGUUUUCUAAAGAUUGUAAAUGGAGAAAGUUCUUGGAAGACGACUCUGCUUACCGUGGACCAUAGAUGAUGAGCUCUGAGAGAGAGAGAGAGAGAGAUAGAGAGAAGAGAGGUGUGUGCGCAAAAGAUUCCUUCGAACUAUAUAGAAGAUGAAGAAUUGUUCCCCCCAUAUUUUGUCAUAAAAAAAAAACAGUAAGAAAAAUACUGUAAUUAAAAAAACUGUCAUAUUUUUUAAUUAUUUUUAUAUUCAGAUUCAUCCCAUUCCACGUUGUACACUCUCUGUCCGGGGACACUGUUACUGUUCUGUCGGUGGUUUCUUUUUUGGGCCUGUUUAUAUUUUAUAUAUAUAUACAUAUAUAUAUUCAUUAUUGUUGCUGUUGGUAAAUCCGAAAUAUAUAUAAAGCAUAGUUUCUGUCA